UUGAUUAUUGUGACAGGUUGAAUUUCUUUGACAUCUCUCAUGCGGAUGCUUUAGUGGAAAAUGAGAAAUGGACAGACCUGGAGAAGUAUCUGUCUGAGCUCAUCUCUGUGCAGGACUCAGAAGAGGUCCAUAAAGUGCACCCUGGACUUUUUCUAAUCCUUUUUGAAAAAAAAUGCUGCUCUUAAUGAGAGAAGGAAAAUUUGAUGAAGCAACCAUUUUCUUUGAGUCAUCCAUUAAACCACUUUUGGAUUGCAAAAGUGAGUACAGACAAUUUGCUCUGAGUUGGCGUGUGGAUAAUCUGUCUAAUAUCAUAAGAAUGCGGUCUCGACAUGUAAAAAGAUCAAGCACAAAGGAAAUCCAGAUUGCAAUAUCUGAUUGUUUUCGCUUGUAUUUCCCAGAUGCUAUCCGCCCAAAGAACCAGGUCAGUUGAAAACUCCCUGUGGCAAUUUGUGGUGGUGGUCGAAGCUCCCCCAAAGGCUUCUGGAUCUAAGCUCUCCAAAUCGAGGCGGCCCAGGCCCAGCUAUCGAUGCCUUGCUUGUCAAUGGAUUGUUGUUGGUCAGAGUAUAGCAACCUUGCGCUAUCACUUUGAACAUGCUAAAAGUCGGAAAGCUUGUACCGGAAUAACACAACAUCUGAUCAACCGUCUGAAUGCACUUGGAGGUUUCAAAGUAGCAAAAGUUUAUCCAACUACGGCAACGCUUAUGGCCCGUGGCAAUAAGAAGCGGAAGCAGCUUUCACAAGCAUCUGUAUCAGCUCCAUUUAUGCCCUCAGUUGACACAGCAGGUGGAGUAGGCACUGUUGGUGGAAUUUCGCAGAAAGUGGAAGCAGCCCGAGCAAUAUGUAGUAGUGUGAUGGAUCUAGUUGCCUCAGAUGCAUCUGAUACAGACCGUAAUAAAAUUGUGGAGAAAUUGCGAGAGCAAGAUGCAAUUCUGCAAGAGCUAAAGUCAAUCUGCAUGAAGGCACCACCAGAGUUUUCUUCUGCUCCAUCCAAGGAGCUUUCUCCUGCUUCUCAACUGCCCGUGCUCUCUAGCAAAGCAUCUGCUCCAUCCAAGGAUCUUUCUCUUGCCUCUCAACUGUCCGUGCCCAUUUCUAGCAAAGCAUCUGCUCCAUCCCAGGAACUUUCUCCUGCUUCUCAACUGUACUUUUCAAUCUCUAGCAAAGCAUCUGCUCCAUCCAAGGAUCUUUCUUCUGCUCCUCAACUGCCAUUGCCCAUGUCUAGCAAAGCAUCUGGUAUUUUCAGCGGUUUGGAAGACCUGUUUCCAGAGGAGAAUUUUGAUGAAGCAGAAAACAUGAAGUAUCGUCAGAACAUCUGUCUCCAAACAAUACCAGAAGAGCAACUCGAUCAGUUAUAUGCUGAGCUACCUCCCAGUCCUAGCACUCAAAGUUGAGGUUGGUUUUCUUUUUAGUUUCAUUUGUCAAUCUGCUGUGUGUAGUAGGCUUUAGCUGUCCUUGUUGCACGUUGCAAAUCGGGCCCUUCAAUUCCGUAGAAACAUGUACUGUCUGGCACACCGUGUGGG